UCAAGUUACAGUACGUCACAAUUGUUACUAUUAAAAUUGUCUUGCGAUCCUAAAACUUUGUUUAUUUUUAAUUUUAAGUUAAAAGAAUUCCAGAUUGUGGCUUUACCCAGAAGUGCACACCGAACACUUCACCUUUUAACGCCCAACAUGUAAUGCAUCAAAUAAGUUAGCAGAAAAAAAGUCAUGCAUUUAACUAUUCCUGCAAAAAACGCAUGUUUAUAAAAACAUUACAGAAAAAAUUACUCUUAACCAGUCACUUUUGUGCUUUAUCCUUGUGUACUAGGUAUGUACUAAGCCCGGGAAUUUCUUUGAAAAUCUAUUGUUUUAAAAGCACAUAAUAAUUCAUAUUUACAUCUUACUGUAGAAGUUAGUCUCACAACUACAAAGAUAAACAUGUUAAUCUAACUUGGUGUUUCGCAACAUAUACUGUAUACACCCAGUUGGCCCAAAAUGUUUAAUGGCAACAUUACACUUUUUUGGCCUUGAUUCAAAACAAGACUCUUGCAGGGGUUAACAGAUGGAAAGAAACAUUAAGUCAAACAUAAACGCACAAUUAAGCAUUUCUGGUUAAUUGGUUGCACUUUAUUUUACAGGACGUGUCCCUGUAGUGUAGAAAAUACUGGGUAGUAUAAGGUAACUAAAUGGAAUACGUUUAGGUUUAAAUUUAGGUUCAGGGUUAGUACCUAUUUAUUACAUCUUACAAAUAUGCAUUUGGCAGACGUGUUUAUCCAAAGCGACUUAAAUUGCAUUAUGCGAUACAUUUGUUUCCAAGUAUGUGCAAACCCUUGGAUCGAACCCAUGACCUUGAGGUUGCACGCGCCAUAGGAAAGCCUAAAGAAAUACUAGGCUAUUACCCAGUUAUUAUAUUAUAUCUGAAAAUAAAGUGCUUCUGUCCUGUUAAAUUACUAUAUAAAGGGUACCAAAUCCGGUUGAUAAUGACACGAGUUGCACCACCUAACACAUCUAAAAUACUUUUACUUCUAUAACACGACUUAACAGGUAACAAUAGAUCCAGCCCUGACAUCUGUCAACAGUUAUCAACAUAAUAAAGAGAGAGAGCUUUUUUUGUCCUUUGAGCAACACCUACAUUUAAUGUGAUGAACUAUUUAUAGCGACGAGUUGCUAUAAAUAAGACAUUCCUUCUAGAAAUAGAAGCAAAAGGAAUGUUGAAGGAGAACAAACAAGUUGGUUCAGUACUUAAACCGGAUGUGCUUCAUUCAAAAAAUUUACUUUUUGUAAACUAUUAAUCGUGUGAACAUUCCACAUGGGUGUGAACUGAUACAACUGUCACGAACACACAUUUUCCAUGACUAUUACUUUUGAACAAUGGCGUGGUGAUUUGAACUGAUCAGAUGACACGAUAGAAACUUUAAGGAAAUGAAAAAGUGUACUAUAUUGGAUUUCAGGUACUUACAAUUAGCACAGUUUGCAUAUUACAAACCCAUCCUGUAUUUUGAAAUCUGUUAAGCAUGAUGAAAUGAAAAGAUUAGUUAAUGUUCCCUGUGAAAAGUUUUAGAAAAUAAGUGCUUCAUUUAUACUGCGAGUCUGGUUUGGGACUUGUUGAAAGCUCCUGCUUUACAUCCAAACCUAUUUAGGAUGACAAAAACAAUAAUUAAUUUAAUUGCAUCUAAACUUCUGACUUGUGUGUAUCUGGUUUUAAACCCAUUAUUGUAACACCGAAUAGACUAAACUCAUGAUUACUGUGUAAAGUAAAUAACAAUUAUAUUGAGAAAAAAAUCAAGUGUUCCUGCCAACAAGACUUGCACAAGCAGACAGCCCCACACAUCCUGACGCAGCGCAACCAAUCACGCCCUUCCUCCACUGAUAAGGACACGCCCGUAGAACAGCAUGCUGAGUUAUAAAGCAGCCCGGGCUGAGAGAACCAACAUGUUGGAUUUGUUUGACACUGAUACACACACACUGGCAACAAUGAGAGCCGCUACAAUAGACACGAGCAUAGAAGGACUGAUCUAUUCGAAAAACCUUGAGCCGGCUAUGGAAAAAGACAACAUGAAAAGGACUUGGAGGUCAAGGAUGCUCUUUAAGAAUUUUCUUCUGAGAAAAGCCUCACACGGUACAGCGCGGAGAAAUCCAUACAGGCCAACCGCUGAAGAACUAAAUCAAUGGGCAGAGUCUCUGGACAACUUACUGAACAGUAAAUGUGGACUGAUCGCAUUUCGCCUCUUUAUGGAGUCUGAAUACUGCGUUGAGAAUGUCGAGUUUUGGGUGGCCUGCGAAGAGUUUCGAAAGAUCAACUCCAGAUCAAAGCUCAGAUCCAAGGCAAAACGGAUAUAUGAAGAGUUCAUCAAAGAGGAUUCACCAAAAGAGGUCAACUUGGAUUUCCACAUGAAGGAAACUGUCGACCGGUGUCUUCUGUUACCAACACAGACCAGCUUCCAAGCCGCUCAAAACAAAGUAUUCUUCCUGAUGGAACACAACUCGUACCCUCGCUUCCUGGAGUCUGAACUCUACAGUAACCUUUGUAAAUACGCUGAGGGAGAGUGAUGUUUAAAGUAAAGAUAAAGUCAUUGUGAUGUUGAAUCAGAUGUUGAAUCAGUUGCACGUAAUAGCUCUGAUUUAAUUUAUCGGCUGCACUUUAAGAAUUUCAAUUUAUUUAUAUUUUGCAGAUUUUGCACAAAUAUGUAAAUAUGGUGACAUGUUACAAUGUAUUUGAUUAAAAAACAGUAACUGUUUGUACUAAGGUUGUGUUACUUUAGGUAAAUGUUUUUAUACAGUUUAUCGUCAUGUUGUUGACUGGCUCAACAACAAUGUCAUACAAUGUUUUGUAUUUGCACUUUUUUAUGAAUAAAUUUGGAUUAAAUCAUU